GAAGAAUGGCGGCGCCCAUAAGGCAGUCUCUGUUUGGGGUGGCGAAGGGCUGGUGGCGGUUCGAGGGGCUCUGGGCCGGUAGCCUGGGUUCUCGCAGCCUAGCCCUUGCGGCUGCACCCUCGAUCAGCGGGUCUCCAUGGCGUCUUUUGGGCGCGGUGUGCCUGCAGCGGCCACCGCUGGUCUCGAAGCCGCUGACCCCAUUGCAGGAAGAGAUGGCGGCUCUACUACAGCAGAUUGAAGUAGAGGGAAGUUUAUAUUCAGACCAUGAGCUUCGUGCUUUAGAUGAAGCCCAGCAACUGGCAAAGAAGAAAGCUGACUUGUAUGAUGAAGAAGGAGAUGAACGGAAUAUACUGCUGGUGCAGGAUUUGGAAGAUGCAUGGGAGCAGAAGUUCCUACAGUUCAAACCUGGAGCUCGUAUAACAGAAGCCGAUAAAAAGAAUGACCGAACUUCACUGAACCGGAAGCUAGAUAGGAACCUUGUUCUGUUGGUCAAAGAGAAGCUUGGAGACCAGGAUGUUUGGAUGCUUCCCCAGGCAGAGUGGCAGCCCGGGGAGACCCUCCGAGGAACAGCGGAACGAACCCUGGCCACGCUCUCAGGUGAGUUCUCUGCCUCUCUCUGAACCUCACAAGACUCCUUUCACACUCAGCUGUGGAAUUUGCAGACCAGCUUGUGAUGAUGGCUGGAAGGAUUUGGAGGUGGGUUGUUAAUGGGAACUUUGAUAUCUAUAAAAAUUUCACCUA